AUGGCCUUCAAGUCAGUAUUGCCCCGUCGGUCCUCGACCACGACCACGGGCAACACGACGAGAACAUCGACCACCACGUCGUUGGGCGAUGAUGAUGCCAUUCCUGAUUCAGACUACAAGGAUACCACGAACCUCCUUGUCGAGCGCCUGCAGGCAUGGAAACAUGUAUGCGGCAGCUUGGAGGACUACAUGACCACGACGAUGAAAGUGCAAAAGUCCCACGCAAAGGAGCUUGAGAAGAUAUUCAAGACUGUUUCCGAACCGAUCAAGGAGGAACACCACUUUGACAAGGGCGCCAGCGGUAUCUCUGGUCUCUUUGAAGUCCUGCGCAGAAACACACAGGGACUGGCCGAAGCCCACGCAGACGCGGAGAACCGGCUAAAACGAUCUGUCGUCCCCGUCCUUGAACGCCUGCACACGGAGAUCAAAGCCAAAGCCAAAGAACUGGGCUCGGGGGCCAUCAAGCAUGGCAAAGAGGUCACCAAGUCUCGCGGGGUUACGCAGAAGCACAUCGAGCUGCUGGGCCAGUGUACGGCAACGUACGAGACGUCGAAGACGAGAGUCGAGGCCGCCCACGACCCGUACGUGCUCUCGCGCGGCGUCACGUACCGUCUGGGCAGACAGGUAGCGGACGAGAACCUGCACUUCCAGGAGAUAAUGACGAUCCAGAACUCGUUCCCCGUGUUCGAGACGCACAUCAUCGAGACGAUCCAGCGGGCGUUGAACGAGUUCUACCAGUGCAUGGGCGCGCAGGUCGACCACCACCGGAACAUGUACUCCAACAUCGUUGCGCACUCGCAGCACAUCCCGACGGACUUUGAGUGGGCGAACUUCUUCGAGCGCAACGACGCGACCUUGCUGAACCCCAACUUGCCGCCGCGAGACCUGGCGACGAUCAAGUACGCGAACCAGGACCACCACGCCACCAAGCCGCUGGUCGAGGGUAUCUUGGACCGCAAGUCUCGCGCCGUGCUCAAGGGCUACACGGGCGGCUACUACGCCGUGACUCCGGCCGGGUACCUGCACGGCUUCAAGGAGAACGACGACACCCGCCACGAGCCCACGCCGGACAUCUCGCUGUAUCUGCCUGAAUGCACGAUUGGCGGGUUCAACGACCUCAAGUUCAGCGUCAAGGGCAAAGACAUGUCGGGCAGCAAAGUCGGGAGCGCAUUCCACAUGACCAGCGAGUUCAACUUCAAGGCCCGAACGAAGAACGACCUCGAGCAGUGGCAGGCCGUCCUCAGCAACCCUGCCGGCUGGAGCGGCGCCGGCUCCGUCGCCUCUCCCGUCAAGCAUGCCUCUCCUGCCUCUCCUGCCUCUCCCAUCUCUCCGGCCACCACCACACCGAACCUGGAGCCUGCCCCAGCCCCUACCACCGUCCCUACCACUGAGCCUGUCCCCGAGAAGACCACUGUCCCAGCCCCUACCACUGAACCUGUCCCUGAGAAGACUACUGUCCCUGAACCUGUCCCUGAGAAGCCUACGACCGAGCCUCUGCCGACCACUGGGGGCACCGUGAAUCCUGGACAGGAAGAAGGCGUCGUCUCCGUCCCCGCAGAGAAAUAA